AUGCUAGCGACUGCUCCGGAUCUUUUGAUUCAGGGCGAUAUAAUUGAGCCCAGCUCCGACCUAAAUAGUGUAUCUGUGAAAGUUGCGAAAUCAACUAUUCCAGAUGAGGAAACUUUAAAGCCGGCUUCUGCGAGUGCUCCGGCAAACCCAGAGAAGCCAUCCCCUACCGUGAAAGCUGCUUCAGUGGCCAACGGUUAUUGGAAGACUUGGUCCGUCACAGCACAUGUUGCGUUCUUGGCGUGA